UUCAUUCUUUUUUUUCUUUUUUUUUUGUUUUGGGUGAAAUACAGUAGGAGAAGAUGCAUCUCGAAUUUGUGAGAGAUCAUUAAUGACAAUCAUGCUUAUUAUGUGCGGAGAGCCUUUGAAACCCUCCUCCCCUUUCGAAACACUCUCUUCUCGUAUACGCGCACACCCGUUUUGUACACGACGGAACACAUCUCCGCUAUCGUUCGCGUGGAUUCUUGCAUGAUCGGCGUUCUGGUUCAUCUCUGAUAAUGGCGGUCCAAGCUCAGCGCCCUUCCACUGUCUUCUUCCCCAACAGAAACGGACAAGAAGGGAAUGAUUGCUCGCUGCAGCCCCAGAAACCUCAUUUCCCUUUCACCAUCGGUGGCGGGGUUGGUACCACGAAGCGAACGGUAGAGGUUUCGCCGGCGAAUGAAAUACAAGCUGCGGUGGCUCCGAUGAAUCCUCCGCCGCCGCCAGUCAUCGAUACGACGCAGAUGCAGAAUAGCCGCCGCCGCCACCCACCGCCGAAUGUGAUCUCCACCGGUCUUCGUUUGUAUCCCGGCGACCGCCAUGAGCAGUUGCCGCAACAGUGCUCGAAUCGGGAACAGUUGUUUACAUCUUUUCCUGCGUUCUCCGGAGAUCUCGCCGGAGAAAUCAAACGGCAAUCAGACGAACUGGACAGAUUCCUUCAGAGCCAGGGGGAGCAAUUGCGGUGCACAUUAGCAGAGAACAGGGAGAGGCACUAUCGUGAGCUGCUGAGAGCAGCGGAGGAAUUAGUAGCACGGAGGCUGAGAGAGAAAGAAACAGAGAUGGAGAAAGCCACGCGCCGCCACGCGGAGCUGGAGGCGCGUGCAGCCCAGCUAGCAGCGGAUGCACGCGUCUGGCAAGUGAGAGCGGCGACGAGAGAGGCUGAGGCGGCGUCGCUGCAGACUCAGCUGCAGCAAGCAACGACGGCGGAGCGUGAGGGGCGCGGCGGAGGAGCGGCGGAAUUGGAGGACACGGAGUCGGUUUACGUGGAUCCGAACAGGGUUGAGAUGACCGGCCCGAUCUGCAGGAUUUGUCGGUGUCGGUCGGCGGCGGUGGUGGCACUGCCGUGUCGGCAUCUCUGUCUCUGUAUGGAAUGCGACGGCGCCGCGAGAGCUUGCCCGCUUUGCCUCUCCUUCAAGAAUUCCAGCGUCGAAGUUUUCUUUUCUUAAUUGGGCCUCGUAGGCCCAACACGUCAUUGAAAUUUAAAAAAAACAUAUAAUUAAGUGAAAAAAAUCCCAAUAAUAUAUUAUUUUGUAUGUAAGUAAUAUAAGUUUGCUAAGAGUUGACGAACACAGGCCACAUUGAAUAGUGACAUUUUGUUUCUCUUUA